UCUCAGUACAGAUUAGUGUUUUAGAAAAGUUUAUUAUAAAAACUGAAAGUUUUUUACCUAAAUCUGUACCAAACGAAUCAGUCGUUUUGAAAUGCGCAUACAGGUAUUUCAAAAACUAAUUUUUCGUUUUUUAGGUACAGUAUACUUUAAAAAAGGCUGGAAAUAUCCCAUACUCGUAGCCGACAUGAACGAAUACAACAUACAAACGUUGAACAAAGGCAGAACCAGAUGGACGUGCAGGAAUUACAAGAAGAGCAAAUGCAACUCGAUCGUUUACACUUACGGGAAAACCGUGAAAAUCUUAAGACACCAUAAUCACGCGCCUACAAUUGAGCGCUUAGACGACCCGGAAUUGAUCUCGCAAAAAGUUAAUAUUAUCAGAGAGGAAGGUCGCGUUGUUAAACGUGUCAACGUCGAUUUUUUGAUUGAAAAGUUGGAUUAAAGUUACUAGCAUCUAUGAUUAUUUACUUAUAAUUACUAACACAAAAUGCGAGACAAUAGUAAUAGUGAGUAAGACACUUCAGCGCACAUUCCUAAUUAUUUCCCCA